CCAUGUCUGUAUCGCUAAGCGCCUCUCUAUACUGUUAACGAGCGGCUUCAGCCACCAUGCAGCUGUGCACAUCCAGCCUUGAGCCGAGCGCUCGCCGCCUAAUCUCAUCUCAGCCUCGACAGACUGCCUCGAUCCUCUUUGGAUCACCUUAUCGCGACAGACAUAUACCGUGUCUUUAACAAUGGCGCCCCAAACACCCGGUACCUGCGGGAUGUCCGCGUGUACUGGACCCAGAAGAAGGGUCUGGUACUGUGUGGGUUGCUCAUGCUGGCUGUGUGAGAAUUGCUGGCCUGCUUAUCCUCCCCACAGCGGCGGGCGACGAGGCCGCGAUGGCCUGGAGCACGAGAAGACCCAUUAUCACGUGGUCAAGAAGCUGGAGGAUAUCCUGACUUCGUGUCCAACUCCAGCUGCGAUCGAAGAGUUUCAUAGCCGAGAUCUUGACACGACCUGGUUUGGCAUCCGAAGAGACAACAAUGACCGUUGUCUUCUUGCCGACUAUGAUACCUACUCAGCCUUGAUGGGACAAUCACUCCCAAGUGGGGGAACGAGGAUCCCCCAAUUGGUUUCUUUCAUUGGGCAGACAAAUGCCGGCAAGAGCACGCUAAUCAAGAUGCUUAUCCAUCUCUCCGAAAUGAACGAGGAUGCCGACGAGACAGCCCGGUUUCCUUCCCCCGUUGUCGGCUCCACGAUCCAGACACACAUGCCAACCUCUGCCGACGUCCACCUCUACGCUGACCCGAAGACCUACUAUGACCGGACACCAUUGCUUUACGCCGACUGCGAAGGCUUCGACGGAGGCGGGAAGCCACCUGUUGGAACCAUAGAGAACCGUGUCUCCAUGGUAUCCACCGAAGCGUCAUUGUCACGAUUGACGCCCGGGCGGACCCGGAUACUAAAGUGGGCUGAUACUCGCGAGAGGAGGAACCGAGAAUUUGUGGUUAGGCAGCUAUACCCUCGCAUUCUCUACACUUUCUCGGACGUAGUCGUCUUUGUACUGCGAAAUGCGAAGUAUGAUGGCUCCCGUCUACCACUGACUCCGGGUGCUGACAUUUUGGUGUAUAGGACAUUCGAAUCAACAGUACUCCGACCGCUUCUGGAAUGGGGAGCAGCGUCCUUAGAGAAAUCAAUCAACCAACCUACUCUUCCUCAUGCAAUAAUAGUCCUGAAUAGCACCGACCUCGGCGUCCCAGACGAUGAAUGGGAUAUUCGGUCUGCUACAAGGAAUUUGCUAGAGGCGAACAGGGAAUGUCUGGAUCUAGACAACGGCCACCCUUUCUUCGCCCAACUCGCGAACGAAUGGAGAGCGAAAGGUAAAUGCAUUGGUACCAUCUUGGAACUGAUUCAGUGCUACUACUCCACCUUCAAGGUUGUGCGAAUACCCGUCAAGGGUAGGUUCCAAUUGAUGCACAAUCAAGUCCGAAAAUUACGUGGCGUGAUCGCCGACUCGUGCGACUCGUCUUUCAAGACCAAAAGACCAAACAACAGGCUCGAAUGCUUUCGAGCUCAGACGAGCUCAAUCUGUAUCUGCAGUCAGCGUUCAGUCAUUUUGCCAAUACCUUGGAUAAGCCGUUCAACUUCAUGGAGGUCUCUCUGCAGAACAAUCCGAUUCCAGAUAACUUCGGUGGCCAUAUACUGCAGCUCGCUCUCGCCGUGCAAUCAUAUGGGCGUCGCCGGGAAAGCGCGUGGAUUUUCAAAAAGCUUUCCUACCUCGUCGCUUCUACCGUGAUGCUGGAUUGUGUGCGCCAUCGGAAAGGGCAACCUGAUGUUCUUUUCGCGGAAUACGAAGGUUAUUGUCGUUAUGCUCUCGAGGAAUUCUGCGACCUGUAUGCUCCAUGUGAAUUCCGGGCAAAAGGGGACCGUUGCGUCAAUGUCGCUUCCA